GGCGGGACUGCCGCGUGAGGCGAGCGUGCCUGCCUGCCUUGUGCGCGCGCCGCCCUCUUGCGGCGGCGCCGCGGCGCGUGGCGCUUGAGGUGUGUUGCGCGCCGCGGGCGCCGCUCCUGCCUUCUCUCCACGACCCACUCCUCCUUCGUCACACCCCUCACACUCACACCUCACCAUGUCCUUCAUGCCCGCUCUGCGCUCGCGCGCAUCUGUGCUGCCGCGCAUGGCCUCGGCCUCGCGCGCCUUUGGCUCGUCGGCGCCGCGCGCCCUCGCCUCGCCUGCCGAGCAGCAGGCGCAGGCCAGUGAGGGCGGCAACCCCAACAAGCCGGCCCACUACAAGGAUGUCUCCAUCUACCGCUGGAACCCCGAUGAGCCGUCGUCGAAGCCGCGCCUGCAGACCUACAAGGUCGACCUGAACUCGUGCGGCCCCAUGAUCCUCGACCUGCUCAUCAAGGUCAAGAACGAGAUGGACCCGACGCUCACCUUCCGCCGCUCGUGCCGCGAGGGCAUCUGCGGCAGCUGCGCCAUGAACAUUGACGGUGUCAACACGCUCGCGUGCCUGUGCCGCAUUGAGAAGGCCGGCGAGACGAAAAUUUACCCGCUGCCGCACAUGUACGUGGUCAAGGACCUCGUGCCCGACCUGACGCAGUUCUACAAGCAAUACCGCUCCAUCGAGCCCUUCCUCAAGGCCGCCAGCACGCCCGCCGACGGCACGGAGCACCGUCAGUCGCCCGAGGAGCGCCGGCGGCUCGACGGCCUGUAUGAGUGCAUUCUCUGCGCAUGCUGCUCGACGUCGUGCCCGUCGUACUGGUGGAACUCGGACGAGUACCUCGGCCCUGCCGUGCUCAUGCAGGCGUACCGCUGGAUGGCCGACUCGCGUGACGCCCACGGCGAUGCCCGGCGCGAGAAGCUCGAGAACAGCUUCUCGCUCUACCGCUGCCACACGAUUCUCAACUGCACCAAGACGUGCCCCAAGGGCCUCAACCCCGCCAAGGCCAUCGCCGCCAUCAAGAGCGACAUGGCCUUCGGCCCGCCGAAGGACGACGCCAAGCGUCCCGUCGUCGCUGAUGCCUGAGGCGCCCGCCCGGUGCAGGCCUGAGCUGGUGUCCCGUCGGACCUGAUCGCGUGCGCGCGCCGUCUCUUUCUCCUCUGAUCUUUUCUGUACGGCAUCGG